AUGAUCAUAAUACUUUCCACAAUUUUAUAUUUUAUACUGACACUUUCCGAUGGUCUCAAUUUAAUUGAUUUACCACAAAAUACAGAACGUCGAAGAGUUAACAAAGUUUUACUAAAACAAUCGGAUAUGUAUGAACCGUAUCCAAGACACCGGGUAACAAAAACUGUUGCCCGUAGAUACUGGCUAUUGAACGAGAACAAUGACGAUGAUAUUGCCUUCAAAGCGAUGGCUGGCCGAACUGCUCCUAAUUAUGAAGACGAGGCUGAUGCUAAUUUAAAAAGCAAAAUAUCGACCCUUGUAAAUCAGACCAUGCACGACACUCAAAGGAAAAUGACAAGCAUUGAAACAUUAAAAAACAAGUACAGAGACCAAGGCCCGUACAGAGCUGGUUUUGUGUUAAGCCUCAUCAAGAAGUCUAGAGACGUUUUAAAUGAGUUAUUCAACGUGGCGGUUAAACACAGAGACGAAUGGAAAGCUCUAGAACAACUGAAGAUCUUUGAACUCAUCGUACACACCAACGUCGAUACAACCAAUUUACUAAGACAGCUUGUUGAAAUACACUUGACUCACAUGAACUCAACGCAAGGCAUAAGGAAAGGUAGCAAAAGAGUUCUUUUGAUUUAG